AUGGAAUACCAGCAUGCAGCCACCACCUUUGCCUCUCUUGGUCGCUCCCUUCUCAGCCUUCGCAGGAACCAGGUUUCCCUGGUAGAUCUUGAUGACAAUCAACACCACCAUGAUGAUUACCAGAAACUUGUAGCAGAUACAUUCCUCGACCUUGCCUCAGCAAGCAACAACCAUGUACUCUCUCUCACAUGGCUCCUCAGGCUUCUCAAUUCCUUCAUCUAUUGCCACGAACAUUUCACAUCUGCUCUGCUCCUGCACCGCCCAAAACGCCUUGCCAUCUCUGACUUCUUUGACCGUUCCCUCAAGGCACUUGAUAUUUGUGUUGCUGUUGGGGAAGUUCUUGAUCACAUCUGCAUUUGCCUUUCCCAUGCAAAGAUCAUUGUCCAUGCAUUAUCCCAACCCAUGAGCAAAUCCCAUGCGAUGCGUGCAAAGAAAGAACUUGGUGAACUCAUCAAGUUGCUUGGUGAGAACAAUGAUACAGGAAGCAGAUUGUCAGGUCGGAAGGCAAAUGAGCGAAAUAAUCUGUGUGUCCUUCUUCAUGCAAUAGGGAAGGACCUCAUAGUGCCCCCACGAGCUUUCGACAAUAGCUCUGUCAUUGUCCAUACUUACACAAUGAGUUAUGUUUUAGCCUUUGUCAUGCGGAUGCUGGUGGUAGCCAUCACAUGUGGAGACAGGGGAAUGAACACAAACUUACUUGUGCCAGCACCACCAGGCCGCCAGUAUGAAUGGGCUGCGCCAAUGAUAGCCAUCCAAGAGACGAUACAUGAGGAGUGGAGGAAAAAAGGCAAAGAAGGAUGUGGUGUGACUGGUUUAAUGAAGGAAUUGCAAAUCAUAGAACGAUGCAGUCAGCGUUUAACAGAACUAGUUGGGUCAGACCAAUUACUGUUGGAGGAAGGGAAAAUAACUGAGGUCCGGCAGCAGCUGCUAGAGAUGAAAGAUGUAUGUGAUAGCUUGGAGAAAGGGCUGAAGAUUUUUCGGAGGCAGGUCAGGGAAGCAUUCCAUCGGAUCAUCAAAGGCCGAAAUAAGGUUCUGGUCCAUCUUUGCAGGUCUGUUGAUUCUUCAAAACCGUUUCCAAAUUAUGUUGAGGUUGUUUCUGCAUGAACAGAAGCAUGUGCUAACCAUCGUAGAAGACAUGGUGUUCUGAUCUGUUUAUUUCAAUUUUGUUUUCUCAAUGCAGUGGUAAGAACCUACAUAGUAAAUCCUCAAGCAGCAUAAUGUCAAGUGCCAUGCUCAAUAACAUUGAUGAAGAAACUGAACCUGCACCACACCCGAUCUGACACUUGCAUGUGCUGGCAUCAUGGAAAGAAGCUUAACAAUUAACUUUGUAGAUUAUGCAGCUUUAACUCAGGCUUUUAUGUUUCAGUUUCCCCAUUUAAGAUUUUCAGGCAUUAGACUGAUUCCCCACUACUCUCCCCUCUUCUUAUAUACAGUAUAUGGAUGCAUCUUUUAUCUGCAAAGAGUUCCACAAGAGGACCUUGUGAGAUCUUCUCCAAAAGAAAGUGUUUGAUCCACAAUGGUGGUUCUUCAUUUGAGAAAGUUUUAUCAUAGGGCCCCCAACAUACCAAACUUUCUAUUGAUUAACCAGUUUUCCAACUAACGGCACAAGCAGACAGGCAUCUGACAUGUUAGCGACAACAGGAAAAGAAAGAUAUUUCAAUUCCUAUGGGUUU